UGCAUCCCUCCCACAUGAUUUAAAACCACUAGAAAACCAUCGUUGGUGUGUGUCAUGGUAACAAUGGAGCAUAAGCAGCUGGUGAGGAAAAAUACAGACAUUACAACACAGAAAUGUAAAGUUGACAUACCUACUCUCAAAAAACUUGGGAUUAAGCCAGGAUCUUUUGCAGCCAUUUCAUUGGAUAACACUGAAUUCAUCUGUCAAGUUUGGCCAAUGCCUCACUUAUCAGGAACUGGGAUAGAAGUCGGCACUGCAGUGACAAGGCCAACUAAAGGGAAGACAGGGAAGUCCUGUACAAUUAAAAGACUGGAUGUUGUACCAGGGAAAAGUGUUGGUGUGAGCAUUGUAGUGACAAAGGCACAAGAUGUUAAAUUUUACAGAAAAAUGAAGACAGAAUGUAUCCACAAGUUAGAAGAUAUCUGUAGGGGGCUGUUAUAUAAGAUCUGUGUAUCUUCUAAGGCUGUUGUGGAUAAGGAGACUUGUAUGCUGGCAAAAUUACAUGGGAUCUCCUUUAUUGUGAUAGACAGUGUAUGUGAUUGGGAUUAUUGUAUUGUUGACAAUACCACGACUAUAUCUGUGAAUGAUAUACAGAGUAGAGAACAUUACGUGCAAAAACAGACCAUUGCUCAGACCACUCCUUUAGGAGGCUUAGAUAAAGUUGAGGAGGAGUUGAUGGAAUUUCUCUCUGCAUCAUUCAGUGUAAAAUCUAAUACAAACAACAUCUUGAGGCUCCCCAGGGGAGUUCUUCUUCGGGGCCCACCAGGAACAGGGAAGACUUCUCUUGUCAAACACAUCUGUAACAAAUGUAAUGCUUUCCUAAUCUCCAUUAAUGGACCGGAAGUGUUUGGGUCACGUCCUGGGGAAACAGAGGAGAAUAUAAAAAGUGUGUUUGAGAAAGCCUUCCUCAUGAGUGAGGAGGGCCCUUGUGUUAUUUUCCUGGAUGAGAUUGAUUCCGUUUGUCCGAAGAGAUGGGACUCUGACGAUACCAAUAAUACCCGAUCAACUAGUGUGUUUCUGAAUUACCUAGACAGAAUCAGUGACUGUACAAACUUGGCUGUGAUUGGGGCCACAAACAGACCAGCGGCUCUUGACCCGAGUGUGCGGAGACCAGGAAGGCUGGAUAAAGAGAUUAUGAUAAAUGUUCCUACACUUAGUCAGAGGAGAGAAAUCUUGAGACAGCAGUGUUCUGGAUUAAGAGCUGAUCCAGGACUGGAUCUGAAUGAGAUAGCCAAGAUGACCAAUGGAUAUGUAGGAGCUGACCUGAUGUCUCUCUGCCAUGAAGCAGCAUUUGGAGCCAUGAGCUCUCUUCAUUCAGAUUCCACAGAUGAUAAGGUAGUUGACACUCCAUUGAUAACAACAGAACACUUUAAAGAAGCUCUCAGGAAAGUGAUGCCUUCCACCCAGAAGGGGUCUCCAUGCACCACUGAUUUUGACCCGGUACACUGGGAGGAUAUCGGAGGUCUGGAGGAAGUGAAACUGAAAAUUCAGCAGGCAGUGGAGUGGCCCAUAAAACACCCAGAGGCCUUUCGUCGUAUGGGCCUACCAAGCCCACGUGGCGUUCUGUUGUAUGGGCCCCCAGGAUGUUGUAAGACCACACUGGUUAAGGCAGUGGCCACCUCAUCUAAUGCCACAUUCCUGUCCAUUAGUGGUGCCCAGCUGUUCUCUCCCUUUGUUGGGGACUCGGAGAAACUCAUCUCAGAGGUAUUCCAAAGAGCCCGUGCAGGUGCCCCUUCUCUCAUUUUCUUGGAUGAGAUAGACUCCAUCAUUGGCAAGCGGUCUGAUGGGACAUCACAACGUGGGGUCCAAGAGAGGGUACUGUCUACAUUACUCAAUGAGAUGGAUGGAAUUGGAAUCAGAUUGGAUGAGAAAACAGAUUCUCAAACAGGAGAGGAUGGAUCAGUCAUAGACCUAGCCAAUAAGAGUGUGCUGGUAGUAGCUGCUACAAAUCGACAGGACAUGUUGGAUGAGGCUCUUACCAGACCUGGCAGAUUUGACAGAUCAGUGUUUGUACCCCCACCAGAUGUACAGGGUAGGCUAGAAAUUCUUAAGAUCUGCACAAAAAGUAUGCCAAUGAAAGAUGCCGAUUUGUCUGAGCUUGCCGCAAAGACUGAGAACUACACAGGAGCAGAUCUAAAAAAUCUCUGCCAGGAGGCUGCCUUGCUAGCAUUGACAGAGAACUUAUCAUCAGAUAUCAUCACAGAGGAGCACCUGAAAACAGCCUUGUCUAUAGUGAAGCCCUCAAUUACUCCCUCACUACUUGCAAAAUACAAACACUGCCCAAAGGAGAAAAAACUUUUUGUCUUGUGACAAAAGAACUUGAAAUAUUUUUUUCUUUCCUCAAUAAAGUAAUCUCUUUUUAAA